AUGAAUCCGCCAAGUAGUUCUGCAUCGCGGUCUAAACAGGCAAGGCUGAAGCCCGAAAUGUACCUCCCAUUUGAAGAUCUAGUCUGCCGUCUAUAUCUUGAGGAGAACAAGACUACCCAAGUUAUAGCCGAAAUUCUAGAGAGAGAAAUGGGGACUACAGUCACUAAUAGCCAGGUUAUCCACUUGGUAAACAAAGUUUGGAGCCUUCGCAAGCGGCUUACUCCUUCGGAUCACAAGUUCAUCGACCAUGUGAAAAGGAAGCGACAGGAUGAGGGGAAACUUGAUACCCGCAUCAAGCUCUGCGGGGUCGUCCAGGAUGAAGAACGUCUUGCAAGGAAGAAAGCGCGCGUUCAUGAGCCUACCUUCCAAAAAUUCGUCAAAGCACAGAACAGCAUGAUGGCGCCGAAUAUGGGAUCACCGAUGAACCCCCCAGGUCUUGAAGUGGGAACACCUACCCCCCGCCCAAUAUCCGAAUUUUCACCGAUGGCUUUCGCAAGAUCACCGCAGAAUAAUUCUCCACCAUUUUACUUUAUCAUAAAUCAUCUUUACGAAGGACUUCCUUCGCUGAAACUCGAGAUUGUUUUUCAGAAGAUAACGACCAAACUACAAGGAGCCCCAACACCUGUUCCAUUCUCUCCAGGCAGCCUGUUGUCCAUGUCAAAAACCCCUGCUCUUCUCUCUAUUCCGGGAACCAGUAGCCAGGAUCUAAACAUGAGCCUAAUAGUCAACCAAGAAGGCACUCUUUCAGAACAAGAACUUUUGGAAGUUUUACAGCCCCUCGUGGUACAAUUCGGGAACCGUGCAAGUAACCCUAGCUCACUCAGAGACGCCCUUGACGGUUUUACUGAAUCCGAUAUUUCCCCACGCUAUUAUACGACACUACAAUCAUUCUUUAACAACGCUACCCCAAUCAUUGAUGAUUUUGCGGUUCAGACUUUUUACAGCGCGGCCAGGACAGGGAAUAUAAAUCUACUAAGAUUCUUCAUUGAACUCGGGAUUCUAAAAAGGCGGAAAGGCAGAUGGUCGGCUAAUUCCCAAGUCAUCGGCGUAACAGCUCUUCAGUUUUCAAUUGAAUACCGCCAAGGAAUAUCAACCUCCCUACUAUUGCGUAGUGGCAUUGAUAUCAAUGUCCGGCCUGUGUCAGAUCUCUCGCAAUCUGUUUUGAAGACCGCAGUUGAAGUCCAAGAUCUUGAACUUGUCAAUCAGCUGCUUGAUAUGGGUGCCGAGGAUAUCGUAUUUGAGGAAAUCUAUGAGCUUAGUCCAGUCCGAGAGAGAUAUCUGAACGAGCUAGAAGAAGCCGAUUUAACCUGGGCAGAAAAUGUUUCAGCACUUGAAGGCUUUUUGGAGCAAACAAUCCUUACUGCUUUAUUUUCGGCAAUCAGCCUAGAGGACGACGAUAUUUUCGAGGCACUACUGCGCAAUAGGUCCACACGUGAGAAGGAUGGAAAACCUCCGAUACCAUUUGACUCUCUGUCACACAUUUUUCUCAUGAGACUAUUGACCUUCCCAAAUUUUCUUCGGGGCGAUGUGGCUAGGGUAUCUAUGCGUCUGGAAUCCCUAUUUAAAUGCAAUGCUUUGCGUAUCGACAUAAAUGCGAUUGAUUUAUCCGGCUACACAGCUCUAGCGUUGGCUAGAGAUGUCGAAGACUCCGAAGAAGAUGAGGACGAAUAUCCAGGGGACAUUAUUGUCAAACUUCUCAUCGACUAUGGGGCAACUAAAAAAUCCCCAGGGCAGCUAGGGGCCCCGCCAUACGGGGGUCGCUCUGCUCGGCUUAUCGAUACUCACGUAUCACGAGUUCAGCUAUAUGCAAUACUCGACAGACUACACGAUUCAAUCCCAUGGGUCUCGUAUCGUCAAUCACUAGAAUCCCUCAGCCACUUAAAUAUGAGCAUUGUGAUAGAGGUACUAUCUAACUCGGCUAGGUCCUUCGAGGUCAAGUUGAAAAUCCAUUUCGACAAUACAGUCAGUAGCGGCAUUCUAGAGUCAAUGGAAGUCGUUAGCGGGAGUCUCGAAUCUAGUGUAUAUUUCAAUUUACGGACUUGGAAUGCUUUAACAAUAAGAUUCGAAUUCUAUAGCAGAGAUGCCUCUGUAAGUACUCUUAAUUGGGGCGAUUACACUAGAGCAGAACCAGUAGGCCUUUUACAACUCCACGAAAGUUCCCGCCCGGGAGAACAGCAUACCGUGAGUGGGUUACUGGGGAUUCCAAAAGUGCCCGUCGAAGCCGGCGAUCGCAUACAAAUCGACAUCAAGGGUUUACACUUGACACGACAGAAGGCCAAACUCGAGGCUUGCAAACAGACUAUCGAGUUUUACACAAAUUCAAUCCCAAACAUGGCACCUGCCGAAUUAGCUGCCUUCCUUGCCUUGGCUAUUCACUGUAAUCUUCACCAAAGGAUUCGAGAUGCCACCCGAUAUUUACAGAAAUUAGACAAAAUAUCUGCCCUCGAAGCGACAUGGAAUGGAGACAAUACAACAUUCGAUCUCAUUCUCGACAUUGCAGAGCAUACGAGUGAUCUAGGGGUGUCUUUGGAGCUAUUGACUUUGAUAGCCAUCCAUAUUGGUCAUACUUAUAAAGUGAUCAAGCUACUCGACCAGGGGAAUGUCGACGCCAACUAUAUUCUAGAAGGUGGAAAAACUUUUCUAGAAACGGCAGCGGUACUUGGAAGAUUAGAUAUAACCCAAGUCCUACUGAACGCUGGAGCAUCACAUCGGCUACCCGAAGCAAAGGCUAAGGCGGAAAAAUUCGGUCAUUUCGCCAUCUCCCAUAUCAUCAAUGAGCACAUAAAGCGUCUAGAACCCGAUACAGAAAUGGCUACCCCUUCAGAUCUUCCUACUCCAGGUCCUGCGGUAGCAAGUAAUGGCCCGCCUACGGAUAUACCCACCCCAGUACCGGUCGCCGCUGAAUCUCCCCGUGACCCUAUUGUACACGAAUAUGGUCUUUAUAUGUCUAGCGAUGGACUGCAAGAAAUGUUGUCAUCCGGGUCGUACUGGUUCCCAAUUAAUUCAUAUAGCUAG